AUGUCGCAGAAUUUGUCCUCAUCAGCAGACAGUGAUGUCUACAUUAAAGGCGAUAAGUACAAUCCUCCAUUCGCCAACGAACCGGACUCGUACAGUGAACUCCGCAAACAGCAGAAUUUAAAACGAAAUGAGAUAUUGUCGAGUGCGAAACGUUUCCAACGUAUAAACGAGAGGGAGGACCGGACAGACGUUCGUGCACAAGCCAGAAUAAAUACAAGUAAUGGAAAGUAUUUAGCGAGAUACCGCGGCUUUGAUAUAUGUAAAUCUCCUAUUGAUUACGUCUUGUACCAUCAGUUGUUUGAUAUGGUCAAGCCUAAGACAAUCAUCGAGUUAGGAACUCUGUCGGGAGGUAUGGCUGUUUGGAUGGCGGAUACGCUUGGCUUGCUAGGUAUUAAAUCAAAUAUAUACAGCAUGGAUUUAGAUACCACUAAUCGAAGCGAGCUCGUAAACAAGUUGAAGCCGGAAAAUGUAAUCUUUCUUCAAGGCGACUCGUUUGAAAUUGAGAAAACCUUUACUGACGAAUUCCUCAAGAGCCUCCCUCAUCCGUGGUUGUUCAUCGAGGAUGCACAUGCCAAUCUAGACGGGGUUUUGGAGUACUUUCAUCGAUAUCUACAAGAAGGGGACUACAUGGUGGUUGAAGAUACUGGCCCUGAUAUUCCUAAAGAAUGUGGUAUGUACAUGGGGAACGAAGGCGUCUAUGUCGCAAUGGGUCCAAAGCAGUUGCAAUGUCUUCGACAGUUCUUGCACGACUACGAGGAAUUUUACGCGGUCGACAGCUUUCUCACUGAUCUGUUUGGGUAA